AUGCCGGUUCAAGAUGACGAUGACUUCGACCGCCGUCCCCAGCGACGAAGAUUUGAAGAGCCUCCAUUUGUUCAAGUUCGCCGACAGCUCUUGAGCCUGGCGGAAUCGGCUGCUCGCAGAGUCGAGGAUGAUAUCUAUGGUAUCGCAAAGAACGCGGCCGAACAUUACGACGAUGAGGAGCUGCGGGAUACCUUGGUCAACAUUUCGCUGGAUCUUGUUCUAGAGCAGCCCAUGAAAACACCUUUCGUCGCGGCGACUGCCUUGGUCGCGUAUAACAUGAAACCAGAGCUGGGAUUGGAUGUGCUGAACAAGGCAGUCGGCGCCCUACAGAACUACAUUGAUUCGGGUUCAUGGCGCGAGGUCAAGCUUCUUGUUCGCUUUUUGGGCUGCCUGCAGCCUCUUUUCGAGGGUGAUGGUAUUUUUUCGCUUUUGGAGGAGCUGUUCGCCCGUGCGGUUGACCUCCAAACCGCUUCCUCCGAAGACUUGCUCGGUAUGGAGCUUGUUAAAAUCAUUCUCUUCACAAUUCCCUAUGUGAUGUCGUCCCCCGCUACUGGCUUCGAGUCCCAUGCUUCCGCGCUACUCGAAAAAACCGACAUUAUCGCAUCUACUCCGCACGCUCUCGUGGACUUGGUAAACACAUUCAGCCCUGAGGAGAAUGAGUCCGCCGCUGGUCCGAGUGUCAUCAGUCUUCUCCAAAGCCAACUCCAAGGCGAAGCUAAUCGGGGAUGGGAACUCAAAUGUCUCCCCCGACCUUGGAAGGACAUUCGGGAAGGCGAUGACACUGAGCAGAAGCCGUUCGAGAUCGUCACCAAAAUCCCUUUUCCAGAGAUUAAUGUUCAAAACCCAGUCCCGAAUGGUCCCCGAGCUCUUUUCCCUGAAGUCUACAUUUCUGUGUACGCAAAUCAGGAAAUCGAGACCGUGCCACCCCCUUCAAAUAUCACCUCAUUGAUUUUGCGAGACGCGUUGGUUGAUACAAUCAACUUACUUGACUUCAACCGCGUUGCCACAGCCAAGUACUUGAUUGAUGUUGACUGCUACUUCACUCCUGAUACGUUCGUCAAGCGGGCUACUCCCUUCGAUCGUAUGCGUGAUCUGGCUGGCGAGGGUCAGUCUUGGAAGCCUGAAGAUGUGGCCGUUGACGCAGUCUUCUCGCAGUUGUAUCAGCUGCCAACAUCGGAGCACAAGCUCGUUUAUUAUCAUUCCCUUCUGACGGAGUGCUGCAAGAUCGCUCCGGCUGCCAUUGCUCCCAGUCUCGGCCGUGCUAUUCGGUUCCUGUAUAACAACCUCGAGACUAUGGACCUGGAGCUGAGUAUGCGAUUCCUGGAUUGGUUUGCUCACCACCUGAGCAACUUCGGUUUCACAUGGAAGUGGAGCGAAUGGGUCGAUGAUCUUGAGCUCCCCGUGAUUCAUCCAAAAAUGGCAUUCAUCCACGGAGCAUUGGAUAAGGAGAUUCGGCUCAGUUUUGCGCAGCGUAUUAAGGGCACCCUCCCUGAACCUUACCUGCCUUUGAUCACGGAGGGCAAAGAGCUGGACACUCCUGAGUUCAAGUACCUAUCUGAUAUUGCUCCGUACUCGAAAGAAGGGCAGGAACUCAAGGAUUUGAUUCGCAAGAAGGCCGGUGACGAUGAGAUUCAGCCUGUGAUGGCAUCCAUCGAGGAGCAGGCCCAGAGUCUUGGCGUCGAAGACCCUAAGGUCCCAUCAACCGAUGCGCUUGUAACCUCUAUUUGCUUUGUUGGAUCCAAGUCCCUCUCGCAUGUUCUUUCCUGCAUUGAGCGGAACAAGGAGCGGCUUUUGACCAUUGGCCAGACUUCCGAGAGAGCUCGUUGCCAAAUUAUUACCUCCGUCAUGGAAUACUGGGCGGAUCAGCCUGGUAUCGCGAUCAACAUCAUCGACAAGUUGCUGAACUACACCGUUCUGAGUCCUCUCUCCGUCUUGGAGUGGGUUCUGACCGAAAGCAUGGCGGCCGGCACGGUGCUGUCUAAGUCUCACAUUUUUGAAAUGGUCUCUGCCACUGUGGGCAAGGUGACCAAUCGUAUGCGUCAGAUUGUUGCAGCCCGCACUCAGUCCGGCCUAUACGAGCCGCAACUUAGUGUUCUGGACGAAACUCUAUCUCGCGAACGCGUUGAAAUGCAAGCCCUCUUCAAGUUCAUCGAAGACUCCAUUGUUUCUGUCGCUGCUGGAAGCAACGACGAGCAGAUGGAGCGCGGCGAUGGAAGUGGCGACCUCCCCGAAGACGCCAUCAUCCGCCAAUGGGGCCGUCGUUGGUUGCGUGUCUUCCGAAGAAAGGCCGCUGUUGAGGAGGCAUUCAUUACCGACGCUCUGACCCACGCGACUCCCGUCGGUACUACUGCUCCGGUGCAGGAGGGCACGGGUGCCCCCGAUGGCGAUAUCAAACUCGCUGAUGCUGAAGAGCAAUAA